UUCGCGGCAGAUAAUUCUGUUCCGUUCAAACAACAUGUGGUACUACCACCUCAUCAUACUGUGGCUUACCGUGCUGAUCUACACUGCAAACAGCAUUUGGGUGGUGGAGAUCAACAAGUUGCAUAAAUCGUGUGAAAACCCUAGCAAACGAGCGCCCUUCCCGCUCGAUAUGUCCAAGGUGCAGAUCUACCUGUCCGAGGAGGACAAGCUGGUGUUGAACGGUGAGGUGACGUUCACGCAGGACAUCUUUCCACCGUGGGGGAUUUCGAUCUACACCCACAAAUUGGACCACGGCGAAUGGACCCCAACGGCGUACACCAAGAGCGCCUUCAAUCUGUGUAUGGAGAUGCACGCGAGCCACGAAAUUUGGUACAUCAUUACGAAGCAAUUGAACAAAACUAACUGUCCUUACCGGAAGGGUUAUGUAGAAAAGUUCGACAUGGUUGACAUCGGAAGUUUCGGUUUCGAUGAUGUGCUGCAGGACCUAGUUGGGGAUUGGAGAAUUUUUGUCGACUUUAGAUUGGGUUCGGUACCGCACAAGCUGCAAAUUUCCUGUAUGAUGUAUGAAAUUUCCAUACUAGAACACUGACAAGUACACAUGAAUGUGAAGAAUCUCACAAAAAAGGUGCUUAAUUUAUCAGUAAAAGUUGGCAGCAAUGAGAGUGUUGCUUUGAAAUUCCCAAAAGAAAGGCAAAAUAAAUAUUCUAAAUUUGUUUGAGAGGUUGUUAGUGGGUUAACGAUGAAGACUCCGAGACAGGACCCAUUUCUGAGAGCACAAACGAACCGUACCUUGAUCAUAUCUUCCACACUAAUGACGAUAGAGUUGAAAAGAACGUUCCAUCUUGCCCUGAACCACAUUUAAGCCAAAGGAAAAGUAGAACAUCUCAUUUUCAUCAAAGACGCACUUUAAACCAAUGCCAAAUCAAACCCAGCCAUGGUCCCUCCAUCGAAGCGUAUUCUAAUGACGCGGCUACCCCCUACUACUACUAGGUGCGAGAACGCAUUGGAACCGAUUCCAUCUCUUCUCUCGCGCUACCUUCAUCUGCGACCGCUUUUGUCUGUAUCCAGGUCGGGUGGCACAAUUAACGGUGUUUAACCACUAAUCGUUCGUCUUGCAUCCAUCGCACCAGCAGCCAGUCCGAUUGGACGCACAAAAUGAGUGCGAAAAAACGACCACCACCACCACCACCACCACCACCGUCCAGCAUAAUGACUAGCCAGUAGCCUCCAAAAAAUAGAUCUACACCAUACGGCACCACCAGACAACAGACAGCGAACCCGUUGGU